AUGCUGGAUGGCUUUGACGCUUGUCGCAAGCCGUCGAGCCUUCCACUAUUUGGUGCCGUUAUCCAUGGCAGAUGGGAUGCAUUGGAACUACUUAUUGCCUAUGGAGCUGAUUUGGGUAUCAGUCCGCACAGAUCCACGAUAUGUCUGCAACGAGACUCUUUACAGAUGGGCGGGGUUCGCUGCGCAUCUGUUCUGGACAUUGCGAUCAGUAACAACAGAGUGGAGUCUGUGCAGCGGCUUCUUUUGAUGGACGAGGUAGAAGUCUCCCCGACCAACCUGUACACUGCCUGCGAAGCCAACCUCUCAGAGAUGGUCCACCUGAUCAUCCGUUCGGGCCGCUUGGGGGCUCAUGGACUUCAAGGCAUCCUCAAUUAUGCACUAUUUAUACACGCUGGAAGCAAUUAUGGUACGGCAGGUACCGUCGACGCGCUGAUUGAGUACGGUGCUGACCCGACCGUCCCGCACGGGAGGUGGGGUGACACUGCUUGUGAGCACGCCGUCAGACACGAGAACAGCGUUACAGCGGCAAGAUUGGUUAUAAGAGCGGGCGACAAGCUUAGCUUGGAGCUGAAAACCAAGCUUCUCCACCGAUCAGUCCUUUUGGACACGCUACUGGAUGUAUCAAAGGCCAUCAUAGCAGCUCUGCCACCCGAGAAGGAUGGAAUCCUCUGUGAGGCUCUGAGAUUGGCACUGACUGCCACGCGACCCGCAUGGCGAUACUUCGACUACCGUAUGAUGCCGGAACAGAUGCCCAUUGCAACCAUAAAGUACCUCAUCGAGGUGGGUGUGAGCAUGGACGCGGCAGCAAUGGCUAAGGUUAUCCUGGUCAAAUCCGAGCGCAGCUUCUGGGAUUUCUGGCGAUAUGACAUCUUGACAAUCGCGGGAAUAGAGCUCGACAUCAACGGAACUAGAAAUAUAGAGGGUUCUGAAAAGUCAUUCCUUGAGGUUGCACUGGAAAGUGCUUUGAAUCCUUCUGUGCAGGGACUAGUAAUAGAAUGUUACUAUCCUGAGCUUCUUCUCCGAAGAGGCGCUCGUCUUCCGAGGAAUUCAGAAAGGAUAUUCGGACUAUUUCAACAAUGGAUGAGAAACAGUUCAUUCAGUUCCUUUGAAUGGACACAAAUAGUUACCAUGAAUAGUUUCUUUGCCAAGACCCCCAGCUUGCGGGAUGAUGAUAUGUAUACUUGCUGGGCAGGUGUCGACAAAAACUAA